UCAUAAAAAUCACACAAGAACAAGAAAACAAAUUGAAAUAUGGCAAUUAUUAGCAUGAAAUCAUCAACUCCAUCUGUCUCAAAGGCAACUUUGGUUAUAUUGGUAAUUGCCCUAGUGGUGCAAUUCAAGGGCUCAGUGGCUCAGAACACUUGCCCCACCCAGCUCGGUAACCUGAAUGUGUGUGCACCAUACGUGGUUCCCGGAACCGCGAACACGAUCCCGAGCUCCGACUGCUGUGGCGCCCUCCAAGCUGUGGAGCAUGAGUGCCUUUGCAACACCCUUAGGGUUGCUAGUCGCCUUCCUUCUUCUUGCAACCUCCCCCCUCUAAACUGUGGCAACUAAACUGGAGAAGCUAAGUACUGAUCAAGAAAUAAAAUUAUCAAACACAACUAUUUUCUCGUACUUAUUUCAAUGUUUUUGUUCCUAUAUGGCCUUCUUAACAUGUAUGGCCACUCAAGAGAAAUGGAUAAUUUUCUAUAGAAGUCCGUAAAAGAGAAAGUGUAAGACAAAAGCACAAAAUAAGCAUAUGUACUUCUUAUAUGGGAAAUAUCACUAGUAAUUUGCUAUA